UCUCGUUAACUUGCCAGUAUAGCAUGCUGCUUUUUCCAUGUGGGCAUCUGUCGGGAAGAGUUUUUGUCUGAAGCUUUGAUCAGCAUCUCUUCAAGAAUUGGACUCAUGUCUUUAUGAAGCUUUGAUCAGCACAAGAUAAUGGCAUCCCUUUCCAGCCAACCAUCAAAGACUGCCAUACGCAGCGCUGCGGGUUCUAUUGGCUCUCAUGGCAACCGGAAUUCAAGCAGGCCAACUGUUAAAUUUGCGAGACGAACUUCGAGCGGGCGGUAUGUCAAUCUGUCGAGAGACGAGCUUGAUAUGUCGGGAGAGAUAUCAGGGGACUUAACGAACUACACUGUGCACAUGCCUCCUACACCGGACAACCAGCCCAUGGACUUGUCUGUGGCGGCUGUGAAGGCUGAAGAGCAAUACGUUUCAAAUUCUUUAUUUACUGCAUGUUCUAUGCCGGCUUGUGAUGGCCAGAUUAUGAAGGAUGAGAGGGGAGCUGAUGUACUCCCUUGUGAUUGCAGGUUCAAAAUUUGCAGAGAUUGCUACAUGGAUGCCCAAAAAGAAACCGGUCGAUGUCCAGGUUGCAAGGAGCCAUAUAAAGUCAGGGAUUAUGAGGAUGAUGCACCCAAUUUUUCAAGCGGGGUAUUCCCAUUUCCAGCCCCAGAUGGCCUUAAAAGGGAUGCUAGUAAUAUGUCGAUGAUAAAGACAAACCACAGUGGAGAACUUGAUCACAACCAGUGGUUGUUCGAGAUGAAGGGUACUUAUGGAGUUGGCAGUGCCUUUUGGCCUGAAGAUGACACAUACGUGGGUGAUGAGGAUGAUGGAUUCAAAGGAGGUGUAAUGGAAUCAAUGGAUAAGCCGUGGAAGCCCCUAAGUCGGAAAUUGCCAGUCCCAGCAAGCAUCAUUAGCCCUUACAGGUUGCUGGUCUUGGUUCGGCUCGUUGUGCUGUGUCUCUUCUUGCAAUGGAGAAUAAAACACCCAAACGACGAUGCAGUGUGGCUGUGGCUCAUGUCAGUGGUGUGUGAGAUAUGGUUUGCCUUCUCUUGGCUCCUUGACCAGAUUCCCAAGCUCUGCCCCAUCAACCGUUCAACUGACCUACAAGUCCUUCAUGACAAGUUUGAUAUGCCAUCACCAUCUAAUCCCACUGGUCGCUCAGACCUUCCUGCCGUCGACCUGUUUGUCUCCACAGCUGAUCCUGAAAAAGAGCCACCUCUAGUCACUGCCAACACUAUCCUUUCAAUUCUAGCUGUUGAUUACCCAGUGGAAAAGAUUGCAUGUUACAUUUCUGAUGAUGGAGGUUCCCUCCUCACCUUUGAGGCUAUGGCUGAGGCUGCAAGUUUUGCCGAUUCAUGGGUUCCAUUCUGUCGAAAACAUGGUAUUGAGCCAAGAAAUCCUGAAAGCUACUUCAGCUUGAAAGUUGACCCAACCAAGAACAAGAUCAGGUCAGAUUUCGUGAAGGAUAGGAGAAAGAUCAAGAGGGAGUAUGACGAAUUCAAGGUCAGAAUUAAUGGGCUUCCAGACUCGAUUAGGAGGAGAUCAGAUGCAUUCAAUGCGAGGGAGGAAAUGAAGAUGUUGAAGCUCAUGAGGGAGAGAGGGGCUGACCCUUUGAAGCCAAUUAUAAAGGCCCAGAAAGCCACAUGGAUGUCGGAUGGCACCCAUUGGCCUGGCACUUGGUCCAUCCCUGCCAGUGAACAUUCCAAAGGUGACCAUGCAGGAAUUCUUCAGGUGAUGCUAAAGCCCCCAAGCAAUGACCCAUUAAUGGGAGAUGCAGACGACAAGAUCAUAGACUUCACAGAUGUGGACAUACGCCUCCCCAUGUUUGUAUAUGUAUCACGUGAGAAGCGGCCAGGAUAUGAUCAUAACAAGAAAGCCGGCGCAAUGAACGCCCUGGUACGAACAUCAGCUAUCCUAUCCAAUGGCCCAUUUAUUCUCAACCUUGACUGUGACCACUACAUAUACAACUGCCAAGCUAUCCGUGAAGGAAUGUGCUUCAUGAUGGAUCGAGGUGGCGAGAACAUCUGCUACAUUCAGUUCCCACAGAGAUUUGAAGGCAUUGAUCCUUCUGACCGCUAUGCCAAUCACAACACCGUCUUCUUCGACGGCAACAUGCGUGCCCUUGAUGGUGUGCAGGGCCCAGUUUAUGUGGGAACUGGCUGCAUGUUCAGGAGGAUAGCACUGUACGGUUUUGACCCACCACAACCUGAAAAUUUUGCUGAAAAGAUCGACUCUGAGACAGAGGCUUUGAGGCCAACGGACUUCGAUAAUGAGCUGGACGUGAAUCUACUGCCCAAGCGUUUUGGAAACUCUACAAUGCUGGCUGAAUCAAUACCCAUAGCUGAGUACCAAGGUCGCCCCCUUGCUGAUCACCCUGCAGUCAAGUAUGGAAGACCUCCCGGUGCUCUCAGAGUCCCACGUGAGCCACUUGAUGCUGCUGCAGUUGCCGAAGCGGUCUCCGUUAUUUCUUGUUGGUAUGAGGACAAGACAGAAUGGGGCGACCGGGUGGGAUGGAUUUAUGGCUCAGUAACUGAAGACGUGGUGACAGGCUACCGCAUGCACAACCGUGGAUGGCGCUCAGUCUAUUGCAUCACUAAUCGUGAUGCAUUUCGUGGGUCAGCACCAAUUAACCUCACCGAUCGACUUCACCAGGUGCUUCGCUGGGCCACUGGCUCCGUUGAGAUUUUCUUCUCUAGAAACAAUGCCUUACUUGGCUCCAGGCGCCUCAAGUUUCUCCAGCGUAUGGCUUACCUAAACGUCGGCAUUUACCCUUUCACCUCUGUGUUCCUCAUUGUCUAUUGCUUCCUCCCUGCACUCUCACUCUUCUCUGGACAGUUCAUAGUUCAAGAUCUAAACACCGCCUUCUUAAUCUACCUUCUCAUCAUAGUAGUAUGCCUCAUCGCGCUGGCCAUCCUAGAGGUGAAAUGGUCCGGUGUGGGAUUGGAAGAGUGGUGGAGGAAUGAACAGUUCUGGCUCAUUUCUGGAACAAGCUCUCACUUGGCUGCUGUGGUCCAAGGCCUUCUCAAAGUGAUUGCAGGAAUUGAAAUAUCUUUCACAUUGACUUCCAAGUCUUCAGGAGAGGACAUUGACGAUAUCUAUGCUGACUUGUAUCUUGUGAAGUGGACCUCAUUGAUGAUUCCACCAAUUGUCAUUGCAAUGCUGAAUAUAGUAGGGAUUGCAGUUGCAUUUUCAAGGACCAUUUACAGCACGUCCCCUCAAUGGAGUAAGUUCAUUGGUGGAGCAUUCUUUAGCUUCUGGGUGUUGGUACAUUUGUAUCCUUUUGCCAAGGGUUUGAUGGGGAGGAGAGGGAAGACACCAACUGUCGUGUUUGUUUGGUCAGGUCUCAUCGCAAUUACACUUUCCCUGCUCUGGAUUGCUAUUAACCCGCCUAACGGAAGCUCGACGCAAGGCAUUGGAGGAGGUUUUCAAUUCCCAUGAUGAACUUAAUGAUCACAGUUAUAAGUGAAUCAAAAAGGUUUAGUGACAAGAAACUAUAUGAUAAAACCAACAAAUUCUUUUUUUUUGAUAAAUAAUGACAAAGAAGGUAUGUAUAAAACCUACAAA